CCGCCCCGUCGCUGAGCUCUCGCGAGAGUUAGCAGCGGGGCGGGCGUUGUGCUGGGGCCGAUCGGCAGAGCAGCCGCAGGCGCUUCUUUUACCUCGGCCCGGCCUCGGCCGCGGCUCCCCUCGCCAUGAGCUUCCUUUUUGGGAGUCGGUCUUCAAAAACAUUUAAGCCCAAGAAGAACAUCCCUGAAGGCUCCCAUCAGUACGAGCUUCUGAAACAUGCGGAAGCCACACUGGGGAGUGGUAACCUCAGACAAGCAGUUAUGCUGCCGGAGGGCGAGGACCUUAAUGAGUGGAUUGCAGUUAACACGGUGGAUUUCUUCAACCAAAUCAACAUGCUAUAUGGGACCAUCACAGAGUUCUGCACAGAGGCAAGCUGCCCAGUCAUGUCUGCAGGACCAAGGUAUGAGUACCACUGGGCAGAUGGCACCAACAUCAAGAAGCCUAUCAAGUGCUCGGCCCCGAAGUACAUCGAUUACUUGAUGACGUGGGUGCAGGACCAGCUGGAUGAUGAAACCCUCUUCCCCUCCAAGAUAGGAGUCCCUUUUCCCAAGAACUUCAUGUCAGUGGCCAAGACGAUCCUGAAGCGGCUGUUCCGUGUAUAUGCCCACAUCUAUCACCAGCACUUCGACUCCGUCAUGAGGCUGCAGGAGGAGGCCCACCUCAACACCUCCUUCAAGCACUUUAUCUUCUUUGUGCAGGAAUUCAACUUGAUUGACAGGCGGGAGCUGGCUCCUCUGCAGGAACUGAUUGAGAAGCUGGGCUCCAAGGACAGAUAAGACUUUUCCAGGGAGGACCCUUUUUGGCUGCUCCUUUCUGCUUUAUACUCCAGCCACUUCCACGCUUCUGCUGUGCAGCCCCAGCCUCUGCAGCCCACAUGGUUCUCCAGGCUGUGUAUGCACAAGCCCAGCAAAGACUCUGCUCUGGUUGAAGAUGGGACCUGGACUUGGAGCCGGUUUGGUUCCCCAUAGGCAUGGGGUGAAGCUCCGAGUGCUGCUCAGCUGCUUUCUCCUCCCAGAGGUAAAGUUUUCCUCUGUGCCUAAGCCCGGAGUGGCUCAGCUUAUUUUUGGAAGUGCUUAUUUUUGCAGAGGAGGUGCACUUUGGCCCAGAGCCUUCACCUCCCCUUUGGCAGCAGUGUCAGGGGGGAAGGAAGAAAAGUGCCUGGUCCUGGGUUGAAGGUGUUCACACAGUGGGGGGCUGAGGGAGAGACCCCACCGUGUGGCAAGGCAAUAAUAAAGUUUCUCCUUCCUGCUAUUCUUUCAGAGGAA